CUUUAGGAAAAGAUUACUUCUAUUUCCAAGAGAUGCUGCAGUAUAAGUGUGUAGUAGCGGAAAGUGUAUAUUUUCAUGUAGCAAAAUUAACCCCCAAGGCGAAUUAAAACCCCUCUUCCCAGAGGACAAAUUUACCCCGGAUACCCUACUUACUCUAGAGGUAAAUUUGAUUAGUAGCGAAAUGUAUAAAUUUCCUCUCUCCUCUCCUUUUCUCUCCUGCAAAAUUUACCCCUAAGUUGUUUAGUUAACCCCCUUCCAAAGAGAUGAAUGGAGUCCCAGCUUAGUUUUUCAAUAAAAAGCUUGAUGUAUGUGCUCUUGCUGUAAUUUAUAAUUUUGUCGCACUGUUGAUGUUUCCACAAUUUUAUCUUUGUUCUUGAAUUCUUAAUUAGCAUCUAUGAAUAAUCGUAUAAAUUUAAUUUAAAAUAGCCAUCACUAGAUGGUGUAGUUUGCUAUUUUCAAAUUUUUAUUUGUGUUUCUAUUUUAUUGAUACCUUUCACUCACCCCUGCAUUUGUGACACAGAAUCUAUUUAUUAUUUCGAAAAAUUAUUUCCAAUUAAUGCAAACAUGUAUACUGCUUGCACUGCAGGAGCACUUUUGCUUUGAGGUAAUCUAAUGGAAAGGUGGCUAUUUGAUUUAAACUCUACCAAGAACUAUUAGUCACUGAUAAUAACGAAAUACAGUAAUACGUAUAUCUUUGCAGAUGAGCCGCUGCCUCCUGAAAACGGCUCUAAAAUGAUGAAUUUAUAAAAUUCAUCGUAAUAGCCUAUCGUACAAAUCGUAACACGCACCACCUAUCACGGCAAAACGUUGCAGGAGAAAAUUAAUGAAAAUUAUAGCCAUUUUUGUUAUGUUUUGCUUUCAUUAAAAACGGUAAGAAGUGUCUCAAAAUCCUUCUUAUUAUCAAUGUCAAACCGUUUAGUGCGAUCAGAGUUAUGCGUGUGUAAGCCGAUUUCAUUAGUUCGGCAACUGCUUUCUUUUAGUUUUAUAUGGCUCGGCCUGAAUGUGAGGAUAUACGGACUAAAUCCCAAUUUUUCUACUUUUAAUUGGGAAAUUAGGUGUCGUUGCUCUAUUAUACCCAGCUUCGGUUCGUCGCGGCUCCCACUCUCCGGUACAAUAUUGAGCAUAUUUUCUCAUAAUUUGUUUGAUUGAUUUUUCGCUGGUUGGAAAAACUAAAUUUAACUUGACUUAGCGAAAUACUUGCAGUACUUCUAGAUAAAAUAUCAUCUUUAAAUCAUUGAAGUGUAAAAUUGCGGCAUCAGGCCUAUUCUGUUUGGAGGUAAUUAUUCUGGCCAGUCCCUGGUUUCGAUUAUUUAUUAUUUGACAAAAUUUUUCUUGACUCGAAAAUUUCAUUCAAAUGCAUUUUGUACUUGACUGAUUCCUUAUCUGUUGCCAUUCUGAUUUCUUGCUCGUAAAUGAAUUUCUAAUUUAUGUUUACUUUUCCAUAUUAUGUUACAAUAUGGUGUUCAUAAAGUCUUAAAAAUGUUUUCAAAUUGCAAAAGGAAUUUAUCGAUACCAUUUAUAGUUUGUUGGCCAUACAGGUGCAUAAAUGAAGUAAAAAAACUUUAUAAAACACUGAUUAAAAUAAAACAAACCCGGUUAAGAUAUACUGAGAACUGAAUUCAUAACAAAAUUGAAAAUGGUAACAAGACCUUUAUGAACACCCCGUAUUUGUGGGUUAAAUUAGGGCUACUCAACUAUUUUUACUGAAGAUUCGCAGACAAAACUUUUUGGUGUCCAAUCUUUCCAGAAUUUAUAGUUUAAGAGCCUUUAACGCGCACUUUCUCGGCUAGCUUUGGAUCCAGGACGCGAUCUACAAGUUGAGUAGCCCGGGUAAGGUUAGGUUGGGGGUUAUUAUGUAGGUUGGUGUUUUUUAUAAGUUCCUAUGAGAGUGGUGCAUUAUUUUUUAAGUGUCUGUAAUUUGAAUGUUCAGGAAUUUAGUUUGAAACUAAGUGCUGAUAUAGAAACAUCAAUAAUUUAUGGAAUAUAUUCAAUAUUACACAACUAUUCGAACAUUGUUAUCUAAUAUUAAAUGUGAGACCAGUGAGAAGAAAGCGAUAUAAAUUAUGCGAUGUUUUGAAUUGCCUGUUUCAGUGGUUUCUUCUCUUAUCCGCCCGCAUUUUGAACAUAUAAUGAUGCAAAACUGUUAAAACUAAAAGUACCGGGAGAAAAUUUCGACUGGCUUUAUAUGGCUGAAUUUGUUUGCGUAGCCUAACCCUAACCUGGUAGGCUGGUACACAUACUACGUUCCGGUGUCUGCCAUCUUGGUUCACAUACCUCGGGAGUACCCAUUUAUGUGCAUGAUAAAAAGCUCAUGUAUCACACUGAUGUGCAUUAAGAAACUUUUCCUUCCAGUGAUCGAACACUAACAAAGUCGAAUUUUCGUUCCAAUACGCUGUGAUUUGUGCAACAGAAAUUUAAUUAAUGUAAAAAAGUUUGGGAUCCUUUGGUCAAUGCAGACACACCUGGGCAAUGUCAUUUAUGUGUUCUUUGGGACAUUUAUAACGUGCUGUCAAUAUAGUUUUUUUUUUUACACAUGUUCAAGUAUCCAUUUAUCUAUGUUUAUUUGUGGCCCCACAGUGAAAAUAAUGUCAUGUAGAUCUUCAUCCAGGGACGGGGAUGGCCUUUCAUCGAAUCAAACUCAGACUUCUAAUUUAAUUUCUGUAUUUUUGCGAACUUUCACAAAUAAAUUUACUGUGCUAUAUUGUAUUUAUAUCUGGUUUAACAUUGCUGUUUGUAGGAGAGGCUCCUUUUAACAGGGGUUGUAAGCAGGAAUUUUCAGAGGGGAAGGCUCCUGAAAUUUCCAAUUGUCAAGCUUGCGGGUCUGACCAGAGGCAGAGAAACGUGGGUUACCACCCUCAACUUUCUGUCUACGGCCUUUCCACCUAGCUUUUCUUUGACAGUGUGGUGUUUUAUUUUUUCCGUGUCAACUUAUGUUAUAAAUCCAUUAACAGGUGCCUCGCCUACUUUCAGUCACAAAUUUCUAUAUUAUUCACACAUCACAUUCACAAGACAGCUUAUUCAAUUUUUCGCUUGUUUUUUGUAGCUUAGAAUAAAACCUAGCUUAAAAUACGCCGAUACAAUAAUCAUUUCAUUGCAACAACCUUCAACCUUUGAACCAGGAUGUUUCAAGACGAUGACCUUGAACUGAGAGAUGGGGAAGAUGAAGAGGAUAUCUCGCCUGAAUUAUGGCAGGAAGCUUGCUGGAUUGUUAUCAGCUCUUACUUUGAUGAAAAAGGUCUUGUCCGUCAACAGCUGGACUCGUUCGAUGAAUUCAUUCAAAUGUCCGUGCAGAGAAUCGUGGAGGAUGCUCCCAUGAUUGAACUCCAAGCCGAAGCGCAACACACCACCACAGAGCUUGUAACUCCAACAAAAUACCAUCUCAAAUUCGAGCAAAUUUAUUUGUCGAAGCCCACUCAUUGGGAAAAAGAUGGCGCUCCAAGUCCUAUGAUGCCUAAUGAAGCACGGCUGCGAAAUUUAACCUAUUCUGCACCUCUUUAUGUCGAUAUUACAAAGACAGUCAUAAAACAUAAUGAAGAACCAAUAGAGACACAGCAUCAAAAAACUUUUAUCGGAAAAAUCCCGAUUAUGUUACGAUCAACUUAUUGUUUACUGAGUAACUUGACUGAUCGUGAUUUGACUGAGUUAAAUGAAUGCCCCCUUGACCCCGGAGGUUAUUUUAUAAUUAACGGGUCAGAAAAAGUAUUAAUUGCUCAGGAAAAAAUGGCCGCCAACACUGUAUACGUCUUCAAAAAGAAAGAUUCAAAAUAUGCUUUCACUGCCGAAAUUCGAAGUUGUUUGGAACACAGUUCCAGACCCACCAGUACUAUGUGGGUUAAUAUGCUUGCUCGUGGUGGCCAAGGGGUUAAGAAAAGUGCAAUUGGACAAAGGAUUACUGCUAUAGUGCCGUACAUUCGUCAAGAGAUUCCGAUUAUUAUUGUUUUUCGUGCCCUCGGAUUUGUGUCCGAUCGUGAUAUCCUUGAACAUAUUAUUUACGAUUUUGACGAUCCAGAGAUUAUGGAAAUGGUGAAACCGUCUUUAGAUGAAGCUUUCGUCAUUCAAGAGCAAAACGUUGCGUUGAAUUUCAUUGGAUCUCGGGGUGCUAAGCCAGGAGUUACAAAAGAAAAGAGAAUCAAAUAUGCACGUGAGAUUCUUCAGAAAGAGAUGUUGCCUCACGUCGGAAUUAGUGAUUUUUGCGAGACGAAAAAAGCCUAUUUUCUUGGUUAUAUUGUGAAUCGACUACUAGUGGCAGCCCUUGGACGAAGAGAACUUGAUGAUCGUGAUCACUAUGGCAACAAACGUCUUGAUCUUGCCGGUCCUCUGCUUGCGUUUUUAUUCCGCGGACUUUUCAAAAUGUUAAUGAAAGAAGUACGACUAUACGCACAAAAGUUCAUCGACAGAGGAAAAGACUUUAACUUGGAACUUGCAAUAAAAACAAGAAUAAUCACUGACGGACUGAAAUACUCUCUUGCGACCGGAAAUUGGGGUGACCAGAAAAAAGCGCAUCAAGCUCGCGCUGGUGUGUCCCAAGUACUUAAUAGGUUGACUUACGCUUCUACGCUCUCUCAUCUCAGAAGACUGAAUUCCCCUAUUGGACGAGAUGGCAAGCUUGCAAAACCUAGACAAUUACAUAACACAUUAUGGGGUAUGAUAUGCCCUGCUGAAACCCCAGAAGGGCAUGCUGUAGGCUUGGUGAAAAAUUUGGCACUCAUGGCGUAUAUUUCCGUCGGCUCACAACCCAGCCCAAUUUUGGAGUUUCUGGAAGAAUGGUCUAUGGAAAAUUUAGAAGAAAUUUCACCCUCUGCAAUCGCUGAUGCGACAAAAAUUUUUGUGAAUGGCUGUUGGGUUGGAAUUCAUCGAGACCCUGACCAAUUGAUGAACACAUUACGAAAACUACGUCGACAAAUGGAUAUAAUCGUUUCCGAGGUUUCAAUGGUACGAGACAUCCGUGAACGUGAAAUCCGAAUUUAUACUGACGCUGGUAGAAUUUGUCGUCCGUUGUUGAUCGUUGAAAACCAAAAAUUAUUGCUCAAAAAACGUCACAUUGAUCUGCUUAAAGAGAGCGAGUACAACAAUUACAGUUGGCAGGAUUUAGUCGCGAGUGGGGUGGUCGAAUACAUUGACACUCUAGAAGAGGAGACAAUCAUGCUUGCCAUGUUUCCCGAGGACUUGCAAGACAAAGGAGAACAGUAUUGUUCGACUUAUACACAUUGUGAAAUCCAUCCCGCUAUGAUACUUGGCGUAUGCGCUUCCAUUAUCCCGUUUCCUGAUCAUAACCAAUCCCCACGUAACACGUACCAAAGUGCUAUGGGAAAACAAGCCAUGGGGGUGUACAUCACAAAUUUUCAUGUACGUAUGGACACACUAGCUCAUGUGUUGUAUUACCCGCAAAAACCACUCGUAACGACUCGUUCCAUGGAGUAUUUGCGUUUCCGAGAACUUCCUGCAGGGAUAAACGCAAUCGUCGCGAUUUCUACAUACACUGGAUAUAACCAAGAAGAUUCUAUUAUUGUGAAUAAAAGUUCCAUAGAUCGCGGACUUUUCCGAUCCGUUUUUUAUCGUUCGUACAAAGACGCUGAAAGCAAGAAGGCUUACGACCAAGAAGAAACAUUCGAACGCCCUGAAAGAUCUUCAUGCAGUGGAAUGCGACAUGCGAUUUACGAUAAACUUGAUGACGAUGGUUUAAUCUCUCCUGGCGUUCGUGUUUCAGGUGAUGAUGUUGUUAUAGGGAAAACAGUUACACUUCCGGAGAAUGACGAUGAAUUAGAAGGCACGACUCGGCGUUAUACAAAACGUGACGCGUCAACUUUUCUUCGAACAAGCGAAACUGGAAUUGUGGACCAAGUAAUGGUUAGUAUAAACCAAGAUGGAUAUAAAUUCACGAAAAUCCGAGUACGUUCAGUCCGAGUCCCUCAAAUUGGAGACAAAUUCGCUAGUCGUCAUGGACAAAAGGGUACGUGUGGUAUUACGUACCGUUCCGAGGACAUGCCAUUCACUUGUGAAGGAAUUCAGCCUGAUUUAAUAGUCAACCCCCAUGCUAUCCCAUCUCGUAUGACAAUUGGCCAUUUAAUCGAAUGCCUUCAGGGAAAAGUGUCGGCAAAUAAAGGUGAAAUCGGUGACGCAACACCUUUUAACGACACGGUAAAUGUCCAAAAAAUUUCGAAUCUUUUGCAUGAUUAUGGAUACCAACAAAGAGGCAAUGAAGUGUUAUACAAUGGCCAUACAGGGCAUAAAAUCAACACCCAAGUAUUUUUUGGGCCGACAUACUAUCAACGUUUAAAACACAUGGUAGAUGACAAAAUCCAUUCAAGAGCUCGUGGACCAGUUCAAAUUUUAAACAGACAGCCCAUGGAAGGACGAUCAAGAGAUGGCGGACUCCGAUUCGGAGAGAUGGAACGCGAUUGUCAAAUCGCUCACGGUGCUGCUCAAUUUUUACGAGAGCGGUUAUUUGAAGCUUCUGAUCCAUACCGUGUCCAUGUUUGCAAUCUUUGUGGCCUAAUCGCGAUUGCGAAUCUACGAUCUCACACUUUUGAAUGCAGAGGGUGUAAAAAUAAAACCCAUAUCUCGCAAGUUAGAAUGCCGUACGCUUGCAAAUUACUCUUCCAAGAACUGAUGUCAAUGUCAAUCGCACCUCGUAUGAUGGUCACAUGAGGUUGUCCUUUAAAGAAAUAAUUUCUUGUUAAAAAAGGUUGGACUUUGUUCAUUUAGUACCUGUGGAAUUACGGUAACACUAACAUCAAUGGUAUUUUAAAGAACGGCGUAUUUAGAAGAAGAAAAAAAGCUUUUUAAAGCCAAGCAUGCAUUUGAUGCAUGCAUGAAUUUUCUGUGAAGAGUUGUAGACUUUUUUCAAUCUUUUCGUGUUAUUGAUUGGCUGCCAGUGCCGACACCCUGUACAGCAGUCAUAUAAAGUUUCCAUCUAGAGUGGUAUACUUUGUCAAGAAAAGUGGACAAUUAGUGUUUGUGUGUGAUUUGCUUUUCAUAAGUUUGUGAAGAUUUUUAAAUUUUUUUCACAAUUUAUCCCCCUAUUUCAUCAUGUCAAAGUGAUGACCUGCCUGAAAGUCGCAUGAGAUUCUUUCAUUUUGAGAGAAAUUGCCUUGUGAAGUUUAAGUGAACGUUGUGUAGUGCUUGAGUGGUAGAUUUACGAUUCCCUAUGGAUUUCUUUCAGUUUUAUUCAUCCUUGACUUGUUCCAAGUUUCACAUAUAUGUCGUCGACUAGUUUGAUGGGGUUAGUUCCUGGUUAGGAAAAUUUGACUUUGUUUAGCUUUUGUGGGCAAUGUGCCUGCUCAAAAGUUUGUUUAUCUGAAAGCACUCUAAUUGAGGGACUAUAAAUUUUUAUUUUCUUGUUUUUCUCCAAGUGUCGCAAAACUGGCAAUUUUAAAUUUUGUAACUCGACUCAAAACUCUGAGAGAAUCAAAUAUAUGGAAGUCGCUUAAGUUUUCAAUCAUUACAUCAAAAAACUUUGGCUUCACAACCUGUAUUAGUCUCACAAAAAUAAAAUGUAAUAUCUCUUUCAUUGUUUCCAGUAAAUGUUUUAAGGAAUAAUCACUGCCAAUUUGUGCCUCUUUGAGCAAUUUAAUUCUGUCUUAUUUUAUGUAAUUUUUUCUAUGAAUAAGGUUUCAGACAAGCAGCAUUUGUGGGGUAUAUUACGUGUUUCAUCAGAAAUACGACCUAUCCUGAAUUUUAAGAAUUAUUUCAAUAUAAGCCCUCCCCUUAAAAUAAGAUCUAUUCGAUGUCAACGUGUUAUUUAUAAGUAAAUGGAUAUCGGUUAAUUCGGUUUUCAUAUUUUGUAUAUUUGAAAAUCUCAUAAUUCUCUACUUUUUGUUUUGUUUUUGAUAAAUGAAAAUAGAAGACAUCCCUCAAGGAUAAGCCCCAGUUAAAUUUUGAAAAAAAUUGGAAUAAGACACAGUCUUAUGUUCGGGGAAAACAAGGUGGUUCCUAAUGUCCCAUGGCCAAUUCCUUCGUCUAAAUGCACGAAAGUUGACACUCUGUAUGUACCUUCUGCAAGGAAUCUGACCCCCAGGUCAAAUCAUGGUGAAUGUGUUUACCUGUUUAUGAUCCUAUACCUGACGGGGGAACUAUGGCCUGCCUGAUGCUGGCACAACCAAACUAAAACCAAACUUUGAUGUUUUAGUAAAAAUAGCGCAAGGGAUCUGUUGAGAUUGUGGUUAAAUUUAGUUUUGGCACAAAGCUUAUUGGUUUACACUUUUUCUUUUGUAACACUGUAAAUAUUGCUCAUAAAAAAAAAACUUUUACGUCACCCGUAAGUCUAGGUUGGCACAAUUUUUGGCCCCUGUUCGAAAAACCUUGCAUGCCUCUGAUUUAAAUGCACCAAGGUUGAAACUCUGUAUGUACUCUCUGGAAUGAAUUUAAACUUCGAGGUAAAUCACAGUGAAUGUGUUUGCCGGAGUGUAAUCACUUUAAUUCUCUGGUUUUUAUUGAUUUGUAGCACCAUCGAGUGGACAUUAUGCCACCCUGUUCAUGGUCUUAUCCCAACCUUUUCUACAACCUCUUCUUGGCCCAGUUGAAGAUUCUGGUCUUACCCACAAUGCUCACUCAGGAUCUUUGUUCAUAACCAACGUCGUGGGUGGUUUUGGGGGUCAGAACCUCCCUUUUGAAAUGAAAAAAAAAGUAACAGCAUCUUUCUGUAUCAUACAUAGCCAUUUUUCAUACUUGAAACGCUUUUUAGACGCUCAAAACUCAU